AACAUGACAACACGCAAAAGAUGAGCGUUCCGAGUAGUGGAUGCAGCAGGCGUUAGAGCCGCGCCACAAAAAUAGAGCUCGCAAGCCGCUUGCUUCCCUCGUGUUACCCCGCAUGGGCCAAAGUGGACUCGUCCUUUUUUUAGGAUUUCGCGGGUAAUAAUGGUCGCUUUGGCACAGCAGUCGGCGUGGGGGUUUUCGCACGACCACCCAACAGCACGAUGAUCCGCUUGCGUCGCGUCGUCGCUGUUGGUGCCGGCCCAGCGCGAUUUGCAGCCCUUGGUCGACGACGAUGGCUUCACGGCGAGCCCGUCACGAGGAAUGCUGCAGGACGGCUCCUGGCGCGCGUCUCUGGCCCCACCUCAACGGCCCUCUCCGAUGAAACGCUGCCCCAGUUCUGGUCCAGGCUCGUCGGCGAGCAUGGCGACCGGCGUGCACUCAUCGUCAAGCACGAGCCGGGUGCGCGGGGAGAGGGAGACGGCUGCCUGCGCUGGACAUUUGCGCAGAUGGACGAGCACGUCCAGAGGCUCGCGCGCGGACUCAAGGAGGAGCUCGGCGUCAAACGGGGCGACCGUGUCGCCGUGCUCAUGAUGAACAGCUCGGCCAUGGCCAGCCUGCAGGUCGCCACAGCCUUUGCGGGCGCGAUCCUCGUCACCCUGAACCCCUCGUACACGUCCAAAGAGCUGCUCCGGUCCCUGCGGCACGUCGAAGCCACCCAUCUCUUUGUCGUCCCGUCGCUCCGCUCGUCCGACUACCUUGCCAACCUCGUCGAGAUCUUUCCCAGCCUUCUAGGGGGAUCCGAGAGCGCGAACCAACAGCAGAUGCACGACGAGGCCUGCCCUUCGCUCAGACGCAUCGUCCUCGUCGAUAAUCUCACCGACAGACCGCGUGGGUGGGAGAGCGAGAGCGUGCUGGCAGUCCAGGGCAAAGGGUUCCAACAUGCGCUGCAGCGCCUCAAUGGGCAUGCAGUCGACUAUCGCGACGUUGUUUCCAAAAGUGGCAGCAGCGCUCCUGAAACGGACCACAUAGGCAAGGACGAUGUCAUCAAUCUGCAGCUCACCUCGGGUACCACUGGGACACCCAAGGCGGUCGCUCUGACAUCGCACAACCUCGUCAACAACGGCAUCGCCCUUGGCAGGCUGAUGCACCUGACGCCGACUGACCUCCUGGCCAACAUCCCACCCCUGUUCCACUGUUUCGGUCUCACCCUGGGCAAUCUGGCCGCCUGGUCCUGCGGCGCCGGCUUGCUGUACCCAUCCGAGGGUUUCCAUGCGCUGCGAGCGCUGCGUGCUGCCUCAGAGGAAGGAGCCACGGCCAUUCACGGCGUUCCAGCCCACUUUAUCGCCGAGCUCGAUCUGCUGCGACGCAUCAGGACGGCGCAGAAGCACGCUGACGACGACGAGCUGACCAAGCUCGGCGUGGCACGCAGCGAGCAAUUUCACUUCCAGCUUCGUACCGGCUUCACCAGCGGCAGCACUGUGCCCAUCGAGUUGAUGCAUUCCAUCAUGGACCUCCUCGGCGCAAAGGAGCAGACAGUCGUCUACGGCAUGACCGAGACAAGCCCCGUGUCCUUUGGAGUCGAUCGGCGUGCGCCAGUGCAGCGGCGGUGCGAGACAGUGGGGAAAGUCAUCGACCAUGUCCACGCCAAGAUUGUCUCGCCAGAGGGCGAGACGCUGCCCGUGGGCCGCGUCGGCGAGCUCUGGACGGCAGGCUACAUUGUCAUGAAGGGCUACUGGAACGAUGAGCAAAAGACAGCCGAGGCGCUCGAAAAGGACACCGACGGUCUCGUCUGGAUGAAGACGGGCGAUCUGGCCGUCAUGGAUGAAGAGGGCUACGUCGAGAUCCGAGGCAGGGUCAAGGAUGUCAUUAUCCGAGGCGGGGAGAACCUGCACCCGCCCGUCAUUGAGAACUGCCUCGACGAAUUAGACGGGGUCAAUACAUCGGCCGCCGUCGCCGUUCCCGAUGCGAAAAUGGGCGAAGUGGUCGGCUGCUUUGUAGACACCUCUUCUGCACGAGGGGACCUGACACCCCAAGCGAUUCGACGCCACGUCAAGGAGCAUCUUUCAGGCCAGAGCGCGCCUGAAUGGGUCUGGUUCCUGGGCUCCGAUGGGGUGCCCGGCAAUAUGCCCACCACAGCUUCCGGCAAGGUUCAAAAGGUACAGUAGCAGUGGCUUCUCCUGCGCACUGUCGCUUCUGCAUUCCUCGUUCCCCCACCAACUCAUCGAAUCCUCAUGUUCCCUUGACAGAUUGUCCUGCGUGAAUGGGCAAAGGACCUCGCAGAAAAGGGCAUUGGACGGGCCAGGUAGCGAGAGCUUCACCGGCGUGCCAAAAACCAAAACCAAAAAGCUGUACUCUUUGGUGGCU